AUGUGUUUCGUCGAGUACGUCGGCUACACCUGCGGGCACACCAGCCUGCCCGUCGUGCGGCCCUGCCCCAUGACCACGCAGAUGCACACGAACCCGACUUGCCCCCGCCCGGCCUGCCGGCCCAUGCUCCCGCCCUCCAUGUGCCCCUCCUGCGGCCGCAUCCUGCACGGCCGCUUCGUCGACAUCGUCGAGCACGAGCACCGCUUCAUGCACGAGCGCGGCGCCUGCUCCUGUGACAUCCGCUUCCCCCACCUGCAGCAGCCGCGCAUGCUCGCUCCUUCCGGCACCGGCGUCGGCAUCGGUCUCGGCAUCGGCCUUAGUGUUGCCGAACCCCCUGCUACCGCUCACAUGGACGGCUCCCAGUUCGCUUUUUCCCCUUCCGCCGCCGCUUUCACGCCGCAGCCCUCCGCUGCUGCUAGCAUCGUGACGACGGCAACGACGAACACGCUCCCGAGCAACAACAACAACAGCAGCAGCAAUAGCAUUAGCAUCGGCAAUACCCCCUCCGACGUCCGCAGCGCUAGCCCCGAAUUCCCCAACCGACGUAAAGGCAAACAACAGCAGCGAUGGAAGGGCAAAGGUCGCGGGGGCCAUCAUCAUCAGCAGCACCCCCACCUCUACCCCCACAAUAACAACAACGCCGCCGCUACGGGUGGAAACCAGCAGCAGCGCCGACGAGCUUCGACCUUAGCUUCGGCCUCUACCACGACCACGGCUAUCACGCCUCGCCACGGCCAAGGCCAAGGUCACGGUCAUGUUCAAGGAGGAGUCUUACCGCCCCUAUUCGAAGGCCGGGAGCACGACCCCUCGUACUCGCACUCGCCCCCUUCCCCCUCUUCCCGCCGCCUCAGCGUCUCGGUCCGCAUGCUGAGCCUGUACGGCGCCGAGUGGGCACGUGACCACGCCGAGCUGCACCGGGCCGGCCGCUGCGCGUGCGACGUCACCUUCGACCGGUACACGGGGCACCCGGAGCUAGCCAGCGGUCAUAAUAGUAGCAGCAGCAGCAGUAGCAUGACGAUGAUCCAGUACAGCGAGAACGACGUUCGCCGAUACGACGAGAGCGAGAGCCAGAGCGCAGACGCCAUGUCGGCGUACGCUUACAACAACAAUCACAGCAGCAAUGCUGCUGAUGCUGGCAUUUCCAACUACCAAAACCCCCAGGAAUCGGGCUAUGCGUCUGCCUUCCAGUCUCCCGCGGACCAGGCCGCGCACCCGUACCCGCACAUCUCGGACACCGUCCAGCGGUACUGGACCCCGUACGCGACGCAGCCCAUUUCUCCCGGUCAGCCGGCGCGCUCGGCCUGCGGUCCCUACGACACGUCCACAGUGGCGCAUGGUAACGAACAGCAACUUCCCGAGCAUCAACACCCGGAGUAUCAUCAUCAGCAGCAAGAGCACGAGCAUGAGUACGACGCCGCGGCCUCCGGAAUGCCCGUGUUCCCCAACAUGAGCUCCAGCAUCAGUCCCAGCGCCACCGCCAGCAUGAGCGUCGGCAUCAGCGGUCACCCGGUCGACAUGCAGACCAUCUACUACGAGCCGCGGGGCACGCCCAUCGUCGGCCUCCCCGUCGGCGCCGGCCCCGAAGGCGACUCGCACAUGCCCCCCUUCGAGGACUGCGAGCUGUAUUACCCGAAGCUGGCUCCUCACCAGCGCCCGGCGUCCCGUUAA